CACACUGCACGUUACAUCCAUCCAGUUCAACAAGGAAUUCCAAGAUAUCGCACUUACAUGGUAUUCAUCUAACAAGCAAUGACGCAGUUGACGACUACUUUCUUCUUCUGUUGUGCCGUUUCCAUGGCAACCAGUUUAUCUUAUCCACAACGCUUUGGGGCGAGGAGACACUCGAUACCUCCACACAAGAGAAUCUUUUUCACGUCGCCGUCUUACUCAACUACGACAGAGUCAGGGGAAGAAAGUGGUGACGGCGGCAACAAUGCGACCACUGAAAACUACUACGAAAGAUCGUGUUGGUUUGAAGUCGAAAAGAAGGUUAAGAUAGAAGGGAAUUGCGUCAAAUUAGCCGGCUACUGGCCAGCAUGCCGUGCCGGUGAUAUGAUGUCCCCAUGGACCGAUCAGUGCGGUGCCAUCAACGACGAGGAACGCGACAAUUUCAAAUUCCGGGGAAGAGGACGCGACGUAAACUAAAACAAUAUUAUCUGUGCAGUUUUUUCCUGCUCAUGCCUUCAAGUUGAAGUUCUUUUUUUUGUAACGCAUUAAGAUACCAUAUUAUCCCGAUCGCCCCUCCCACCCCCACCCCCGCGUUGACAAUUUUAUAUCGAAUACCUCCUUUAAAGACUACUGUAAAAGGAUUAAUUAUUCACUGGGUUUUAAUUUUGCUUAUUUCGCUGACUGGAAAAUAAGCCAAAUUAAAACCCAGUGAAUAUGUAAAAUUUAGCAUGGAACACAUUAACUAAAUGAUAAAACCGUGAAUUAAAAACCCAUUAAAUAUGCCUGAAAUGCUAAAUCAGCGAAAUUUAAACCCAGUGAGAAAUUAGUUAUUUUACAGUACUAGAAAACUUUCUAACGUAAAGUAAAAUAAUCUGAUGUUAU